AAAAUCGUGAAGCGUUCCACAUUUUUUUGCAAAAAUUUUCUUUAUUUUCUCUGUAAUAUUUGAUAUAAAAAUUAUUAUUAUUUUCUUUCAUUAAAAAUUCUUUUUUUUUUCUCCUAACCCUUUAUUUUGUCACGAGUUUCUCAAAAAUUCAAGCAUUUGACAUUUGUUGUGGAGGGGGGUUUGUUUUGGAGGGAAGUCACAUGGUGUUUGUUUAUGUUUUCUCAAUCUCCCGGCUUUUUCUGCGCACCAUGGCAAGUAAACCAGCUGGAGAGUGUCUCCUCAAGAGCAUUAAUGGAAAAAUCAAGGAUGUGAAACUCCCACAAGAUCCCACAUUUAUCGGGAGAAGCCCUGAGACGGAAAUUCAGGAUCAGUGUUGUUCCAGGAAGCAAGUAAAACUAACGACCAACUUUUCCAAGAGGAUCGUGGAAUGUGUUGCAUUGGGAAUGAAUCCUAGCUCCCUCAAUGGACAAGUCAUGAGCAAAGGGAUGGCGUAUGAAGCAAAGGAUGGGGAUAUCAUUGAAGUAGUUCCCGGAAAGUAUUCCUACAAAAUCAUCUUUACCUCAGAGGAAAAAUCCUCAAAAGCAACACCAGGAAACUCCAAAGAAUCUCAUCCAAAAGCCAACGAGAGUAGCGGAAAGAGAAAGUUGUCUGGGGAUCCGGAAGAAUCAUCGAGUUCAGCUUCUAAAAUUCCCAGAACUGAUGCCACAGUUGCUGAAUUCCUCGAAGCUCCUGAUGGGAAGCUAAUUUACAUCUGGACAUCCAAAGGUGUGAUAUCGCGCUCAAAGAUUGCCAGCUAUGACAUUGAUGGCACAAUAAUCACCACAAAGUCCGGAAAUGUCUUCCCAAAGAAUCUCGAUGAUUGGAAGUUGGCCUUCUCAGAGGUUCCGGGAGUGCUGAAGAAGAAUCACGCAGAUGGAUUUAAGGUUGUCUUCUUUACGAAUCAAGCAUCAAUUGCCAAGGGGAAGCUCAAAAUUGAGGAUUUUAUUGGGAAAGUAAAGCGAAUUGUUGAGAAAAUCAACAUCCCCGUUCAAGUAUUCAUCUCAACGGGCAAGGGGAUCUACCGGAAGCCAAUGGUAGGAAUGUGGCGACUACUAGAGGAAAGAUUCAAUGAUGGAGUGAAGAUUGAUAUGAAGGAGAGUUUCUUUGUGGGUGAUGCAGCUGGGAGGGCAGCAACAAAAGGUUUCCAGAAGCGAAAGAAAGAUCAUUCAUGCAGUGAUCGUCUCAUGGCACUCAAUCUUAAUCUUCGUUUUGCCACACCUGAGGAACAUUUCCUCCGUGCUAAGGCACUUCCCUGGGAACGUCCGGAAUUUGAUCCCAAAAACUACGUGCCCCCAAAGCAACUCCUCCAACCACCGGGGGCAUCUCUCCAUGCUGCAAACAAGGAAAUGAUCGUCAUGGUGGGAAGUCCAGGAUCUGGGAAAUCUGCCUUUGUUCAAGCAAACUACCAGGGAAAGUAUGAGAUUGUCAGUAGGGAUAAAUUGGGUACGUGGCAGAAAUGCGUAGCAGCAGCGGAGGCAGCUCUUCAAUGUGGUAAAAGUGUCAUUGUGGACAAUACAAAUCCAGAUAUUGAGAGCAGGAAGAGGUACACGGAACUAGCGAAGAAACUAAAAUGUCCCUGUAGGUGCUUUCAAAUGGCAACAACUCCAGCCCAGGCGCGUCAUCAAAUUGCUUUUCGGGAAUUGGUAGAUCCAUCCCAUGCUCCUAUUAAUGAUAUGGUGCUCAACUCUUUCAAAUCUAAAUUCAAAGAUCCCACAACGGCGGAAGGAUUUUCCGGGAUUGUUAAAGUCAAUGUAAUUCCAAAAUUUAAGGACAAGAAGCACCAGGAUUUGUUCCACAUGUACCUAUUGGAUAAAUAGGACGGAAUCUACACAUCAGCAUCGUUUCAUUGAGUUGCAGACGGUUAGAAGGAAGCAAGGUAAGGUGAUCUUUGUAAUCAGUUUAACAAAACAGUUUAAAGAUAAAAUUUAAGCAUCUUAGAGCGGAUAUUUUUUAAGAUUCUUUGUUAAAAUUCUUUAAAAAAUACUACAUUCAAUGUAAAAAUUUAAAAAUAGAAUUUUCGUUAAAUUAAAUAUUAAAAGAAAA